GCAAAACACAAAAAUAAAACGAAAAAUCAACCAACUAAAGUAAAGCAAAACCAACAUCAACCAACAACAACAACAACUAAUAUCAAAUUAAUUAAUAAGCGAAAAUUAAAAAUUUAAAUGAAAAUGAUCUAGUAAUUUAAGGAUAAAGUACAAAACAAAAAACAAAAACAACAACAACAAAUAAUCAAUCAUUAAAAAUUAAAAAGAAAAAUUUAUAUUAAAUGCAACAAGGAGAAAAUUUCACAAAGAAAAAAAGUUGAAAUAACAACAACAACAACAAAGUAGAAGUCACAACAACACUGCAACACCAAUUACAGCCAUAACAACAACAACAACAAUAGUAACAGCAGCAGCAACAACAACAUUAACACAACAGCAGGAUAAAGAAAACAACAACAACAACAUAAUUAAGCAACUGCAACAACAAUAGCAACAGCAGCAAGAAACACCACGGAUCAAUACCAAAGAUGGAGGCAAAAUUCUUGGCUAGCGCUCUUUCAUUCCUCUCCAUAUUUUUAGCGAUUUAUGCUCAAUCAUUUGAACCAGAAUUGGUGCCAAAUUAUGACAAUGUAGAGCAUCAAAUGAAAUUUUAUACUAUCAAAAGUCCGCUUGUGCUGAGCUGCAAUGUGAAAAAUAUGGAACCAUCGGGGCCACUUGUAUGGAAAAAGAAUCAUACUAGUGUGAUGGAUGUUGCAUCACUUCGUGGUCGCUUCAGAUUAAUUGAAGCCGAGCAAAAAUUUAUUAUUGAUAAGGCGGAACCGCAGGACGAUGGUCUCUACAGUUGUGAAAUUAAUAAUCUUUCCAAGGAGAUCAAAGUACUUGCUCGCGUUGUUGUACGAGUGCCUUCAAAUACAGCUGUUGUCGAGGGUGAGAAGAUGUCGGUUACCUGCUCUGUUGUGGGCACAGAGCCACAAUUGAUAUGGACUUACCGUAACCUAACGCUGAGAAACAGCACAGGUCGCUAUAUCCUGUCACCUAAUGAUAAUGUUGAGAACGCGAUAUUGACGUUGGAGAAUGUGACAUUGGAUGAUAAGGGUGAUUACAAAUGCUAUGGAAGCAAUGCGGCCAAUGAUUAUAGUGUGAACAGCACUGUUGCCAGCGAUUUUACAACCGUGCGUGUGAAGGGCAAAUUUGCCGCCUUGUGGCCUUUCCUGGGCAUCUGCGCUGAGGUGCUGAUUCUCUGCGUGAUUAUUCUCAUAUACGAGAAGCGACGCAAUAAGAGUGAACUGGAGGAGAGUGAUACUGAUCCUCAAGAACAGUAAGUUUUGUCUUCAACAACAGCAACAACAACAAGAACAACAACAACACGACCAAGAAUCAACUCUCCCCCCCACAAAAAAAAAGUAAAAAAAAAAACAUCAACACAACUCCAAAAACACAACAAAGAAUUAGAAUGAACAUCCAACAACAACAACAGCAAUAAUAUGUAAAGCAGUCACGCCUGAACAACAACACGUAAAAAUUAAAAAACCCAAAAAACAUAAAAAUUAAAACCAAAACGCAGCAGAAGAAAUAAAAAAUUGCAAAUUUUAGUUUUACACUGCAAAUUAAAGACGUUUGAAACUGCAUGGAGAAUGCGGAAACAAACACAAACCAUACACACGUACUUAUUACACACACACAUACAUACACACACACACACACACACACACACACACACACACACACACACACACACACACACACACACACACACACACACAAACACACAGACAUGGACGGACAAACACAGACAUCAGAGCCAA